GGUGGGCAAUGUGAAAUUUGAUGAGUUAGGAGGAGGAAAAAUUUGUCAAGAAAUUCGUUGUGACUGUCGAAAUUUUGAAAGUUUCGGAAUUUUAUGCGGUCAUGCAAUAAGAAUGCUCCAACAAAUGAAUGUUAUGGAAGUCCCUGAAAAAUAUGUUUUGGGCCGGUAGAGGCUAGAUGCAAAGGGUUGUUCAUCAAAGGAACACAAGGUCAUAGAGGAUGAGGAUGAUCCUAAGUUGGUGAUAGCUAGGCGUUUUAGGAAUCUUUGUCCUAGAAUGGUGAAUUUAGCAGCCCGAUCAUCCGAAUAUGAUGCAGCGUACAAGUUGGUGGAUGAAACUAUCAGAGAUUUGUGCACGAAAGUGGAUAAUAUGAUCAUUGCUUUUGGUGAUUCAAGUAGUGAAGGUCACAUGGAUGUGGAAUUAGAUGUGGUUGAUCCUAAUCUAAAACGAGCGAAGGGCUUUAAGAAAAAAGCCAAUGCAGUGAAGGGUCGGGCUAGACUAAAACCUUGGUGUGAGAGGAUAGCAAAGAGGAAAAAAGUUGUCUCACGAUCUCGCCUUAGUCAGGACCCUGCAAGUGUACCUAUUCCAUCUAAAGAUCAGCCACAAGAUGAGAUAUCCUAUUUUCCACAAAUGGCGCCGUCAUCCUCCCAAGCAUCUUAUAUUCCACAGUUUUCUCAGAUAUUUGAUGUACAUAAUUUUUCAGAACAAAGUUAACUAACUUUUCUUAUUCUAAUGCAUUUUCCGACUUUUUCUAGGGAAUAGCAUUUGAGCAAGUGGGGCACACUUUCAUGAAUGAAGCAAGUCACAAUGGAAGCGAGACCAAGCCAUUCUUCACUAAUGAUAGUUUUCUUGAUUUGUUAUGCAAUUCGCAACCAUCCGAUUUGGCUUAUAUGUAAUGUAUGGGGUAGUUUAUUUUGUUAACGCUGAACUCGUACAAUUUUUUUGGGGUGUCUACGGGAUUUAUCCUUUUUGUGGAUUUCAAGUUAUUUUGUGAAUGGUUGUUGAACAUACUUCGAGCGAAUAGACGUAUUUGGCCGAGGUUUAUGUGAUUUGCAAUGAAUACGGAG